CGGCAAUGAGUUGCAAGAAUAAGGUUAAUUUUUGUAAUUUAUUUUCAAUUUUUGUUAAAUUUUAUAGGUUAUCAAAGUGAUCACCCAACCACAACACACCCAACCCUAUAAUUUUCGUAUUUAAGUUCGAAAGCAAACACCAAAGCUAUGAUUAUUUCUCACAACUUGCAACAAUGAAGUCUGCAAAUUUUCUAACUGGAAUUUUGGUAAUGGUUGUAUUUGUGGGCCACCUCCACAUAUCUGAGGCCCUAACCGAUGAAGAGGCCGAGUUCGUCAUACAACACGCCAUAGUCCAGUGUGCCAACCUCACAAAGGUCAACCUCCAAGAAGCCGUACAUUUUCUACCCAUCAAUACAAAACUUAUGGAUAAUUUUUCCCAUGAUAUGAAAUGUUACCUUUUGUGUUUCUAUCGAAAAAUCAAUCUAAUUGACUUUAAGGAUCAUCCCAAGCACGAUGACUUCGCACUUUUCAUGGAAUCCCGUUUCGAAGAGAAUAAGGCUAAAGUUCAACCGGCCCUAAAGAAAUGCUUGGCCAUCCAGCACAAGGAUCCGUGUGAAGAGAUCUAUGAAUUUGAAUUGUGUAUGGUAAAAAAUGUUCAAGGAUAACAGGUGAUCUUUUGGAAUUUUGAUAAUAAAUAAAGGCAUGGAAUUUGGAAAUAAAUAAAGACAUAUUUGUGCUAUUUAAAAACUGACAAGUAAAAAAGCUGUAAGUUCGACCGUACCGA